AAAAAAGGAAAUUUGUUACGUUUUGAAAAAUGAAAUUUAAAACAAAUUCGAAAUUAAAACAAAAAGUCUAUACCUUGGUCUAUUAUUUUUAUUAAAUUUAAAUUUUUUCAUAUUUUUUUCUUAAUAUGCAAAAUUCCUGUGCUUUCCCGGCUACACUUCAGUGUAAAUUAUGUGAGUUUCCACCCUGUAAUUGUGAAAAAUGCAAAAAACUCAGAUCGGAGGGAAAACCAGAUCAAGAGGAAAUUAGAAAAUGUUUUAGAAGCUCAAAUGAUGUAACUCUCAAAGAUGCUGAUCCUAAUGCUAAAACUUUAACUGCAGGGACUUCAAAUAUUCCUACAAAGAUUUUUAAAGAAAACCUUUUACAAAUACGAAACUUCAAAUUACCAACAUUUCGAUUUACACCCUCAGAUCUGAAUUCUGUGCUAUUUGAUAUAGUGGGAAUUAUUUCUUUUUUCAUAAUGACCACAUUCAUGUUUUGGAUUACUAUUAGCCAAUAUUUAAGGGAUUUUGUGAACUUAAUCUUGCAGUGGGGAAGGAGAGCUCAAUUAACAACUUUGAUAUUAUUGCUAUUACUUUGUGUCAGCAUUACAUUUCAUGCUGUUAAGGGCAGACAUCAUCGAUACCAAACAAAUCACAACAUAAAGAAAACUUCCGAUCCCGCUUCAAACCAUAACACUACUAACACCAAUCCACUUCCAAAAUGCCCCCAUUGCAAAUCUUGCCAACGAAAGAAAUGUUCUCAUUUUAAUUUGCAAAAUUCUAAAGGUUCUACUCGGGGGUCUAAAGAAAGUCUUUGUACUUUAAAUAAUAUAGAUAAAACUCAAAAUAAUAUUAAAAGUAAUAACAACAGAUGUGAUAAGUGCGAUGGAAACAGAAGUGAGAACUCCAGUUUAACUAAGAAACAAAAUCCUUCUCUGUGUGAUUUAUGUGCUAAACAAAUGAAGCAGGUAACUCGGUCCAUUUUAAGUGAUGACGAGGCCCGUGAAAUGUACAAGAAGUAUAGACUAUAUGCCGUUCCAACUGAAAUGAAAACGCCACCAUCCUUUACAAAUCUUAUUGAAUUUUUAACUGGACUCUACAAUACUAUAUCAGGUUCUAGUAGAAACGCACAUUCCUAAGUAAAUUCGAAAUUUAACAGUGAUUAUAUACUGAAAAUAAACUAAACAUUCGUAAAAUUUAAAACAUAAAAUGUCAUUAUUCUGGAACUGGAAUAUUUUAAAAUUGAUCUAGCCAACAACAGAGGUGUAAGUCGAUGAAACUUUGAACGUCAAAUUUUGGAGUUGAACAGCUCGUUAAUAAUCCAAGUAGCAGUUGCUGGACCAAUC